CGCGCUGGACGUGCGACCCUUCAAUGUGACCUGCCCACAUCCUCUGUUUAUGUUUUCUCCGUAAUUAAAAACAUUUAAUAAAAAAUGUUUCUCACCAGCGUGAACUUGGCUAAAGCUAAAUCCAAGACCAUCCUGGUGCAGAUGGUGAGCGCUGCCGGGACGGGAUACUUCUUUAACACCAAGAGGAACCGCCUCAGAGAGAAACUGGUGCUGCGGAAACACGACCCGUUCGUCAACAAACACGUCUUAUUCCUGGAGAAGAGGAAGAUCAGAUCGGUUUGAUGAACCAGCAAACACGGACAGCCUCUGAAAGACACUUUUAUUCACAGAGAUCAUAUGAAGCUUUGGCUGGGAGAGGAUUCUGAUUGGCUGCUGUUCAAUGGAGGAUUUCAAUCAUGGGAAAACAUCCGUAAGACUUCAGCAUGACGCUGAAAGAAUGAAAACGGACCAACAGCAAUGUCUGGAUGUAUUUGAUAUUUCAAUCUGCUCCUUCCGUCGUGUGAAAUUAU